AUGCCCAACCUUUUUUUGUAUUGCAAAGGUGGGAAACUAAAGGAGAGGAGUUUGUCUUUUCACAUCAUCCCUGAUUGUGAAUUUGCAAUGUGGAGGUGUUUUCGAGCUAAAUGCGGCUGGGCUGGUCGGGUUUUUGCAAAGGAUAGCAACUUGCACAGUUAUGGACAAAGGACUGAAGAGAGCUUAGGAUUGGAACCACUUGGUCCCAAGCUGAUUGCAUACUUUAAGGAGAGACAAAUAUCCGAAAAAACGCUAAGCAGAAAUGCUGUCAGGCAAAUGUCUGAGAGUAAGGAAAUCAUUGCUUUUACUUAUAAACAGAAUGGAUUGCUUGUUGGUUGCAAGUUUAGAACAAUGGAGAAAAGAUUUUGGCAGGUAAAAGGCACUGAGAAGAUGCUGUAUGGAAUUGAUGACAUUAAUCAUGCCUCUGAAGUCAUCAUUGUUGAGGGGGAAAUUGAUAAGCUUUCACUUGAGGAGGCUGGCUUCCAGAAUUGUGUCAGUGUUCCAGGGGGUGCACCUGGAAAAGUUUCAAAAGAUUUACCACCAGUAGAAAAGGAUACUGCAUAUCAGUACCUUUGGAACUGCAAAGAGUACUUUGACAAGGUAGUUAGCAUCAUCCUGGCAACUAAUAAUGAUCCACCAGGUCGAGCUUUAGCAGAUGAGCUGGCAAAACGCCUUGGACAAGAAAGGUGUUGGCAAGUACAUUGGCCAAAGAAAGAUGAUACCAACUGUUUCAAAGAUGCAAAUGAGGUUCUCAAGUACAUGGGAGCUGAUACUUUGAAGAGAAUAGUUGAAAAUGCAGAGCCAUAUACAAUUGCACACUAUAGGUAUUAGGAACACACAUGAUCAAAGAUUGUAUAAUUAAAAAUGUGAAAUGAAGAAAAUAUUUGCUGGUUUUUACCAAGUUUCUUGGGGAAGCAAUGUGAGGGGAUUUUGAGGGGAUUAUUCUGGAAGGUCUUAGCAGGAACAGAAAGGCUCUUAUCUUGGGAAAAAAAACUCAGUUAGAAAAUGAUAGUUUGAAUCUUACACAAGCAGUGAAAUCCAGAGGAGCUAUCUUGGAAGACAUUUGGACGCUGUUUGAUGUGGAAUAACAUGGGUGCCAAGAGAGGGUAAAAAAGGAAAUGCAGAGUUUAAAUCAUCCCCCAGCAUUCCAGCAAGACUUUAGCAAGACUUUUGAGCAGCAGAGUAAGCGAUACCCGAAAACCACUUUUGAAACCUGUACUCAAAGGGUUCCAGGAACCAUGGUUCAACCAAGGUGGUUUCAGGUCUCACGCGCAGGUGGAGAGGGAAACGUAGUUGGGGCUUGGAGCUUCUGUUUUUGAGUAUGGGUUAGGUUUUUGGCCCGGUCCAAAGAUAUGACAAAUCAUGAAUAUUUUGACUGAGAUACUGUAUAAAACAUUUGAGAUCCCAAAGUAACUUUGACUGCAAAUUAGGUUUUGCUCACCAAUAACUGAGAUGCUGUGUAAAACAUUUGAGAUCCCAAAGUGCAAUGCUAAAGAAUGAAAUAUAGUUAAUCAGAUUGUCACUUAACACUAA